UAGACACAAAUGCUCAAAAUAUGCUAAUCCAACAAUAGCAGGUUCAGAAAUAUAAUACACAUAUCUUAAGUAUGCAAAUGCAAUUGAUACACACAUACAUGGUGCAUGCCUGUAUAUAUAUAUAUAUAGACACACAAAUGGCAAUUCCACAUAGUGCUGACAUAUGUCCAGGCUCAUACAUGCAGCCACGUUGGCAGACGUAGCUUAAUGAAAUCCAGCAUGGCUGACCAGCAGACUAUUUUUGGCCCUCCAAGAGGCUAAAGGGUAAAAAGAUAUCCUAUAGUCUACUUAUAGGUAUUUCAGUUGAAUAUGUAGUCUAUCAUUUUGACAGCGCUUGUAACAAACCAGUCACAAUUAUGACACAAGACUGAUUAACGACACAAGGCUGAAUUACAGACAGUAUUUUGAAAUUACUUUUAAAGUAAUUGUUUGCAGUUUUUGUCAACACAUCCACUGCCAUUGAUAAACUUUGGCACAAAUUUGGCUUAAAAUUUGGUGGAUUUCUGUCUUACCUCACCAAAAACAUCCACACAAAAAAACAAAACAUACUAGAAACAUGUUAUUUACAACUGGAGAAGUCAGUUCAAUAGUAGAGAUCUGCACUGGUAAUGCUGAUGGACUAGUGAAGCUAUGUUUAGCAUCGUCUCUGUCACUGGUGCCUUUCAGAGAGUGAGUGAGAGUGAGUGGAGCCCAGCAACAUGAGGCGGGCAUAAGAAAAUCUAAUGUGACUUUCCAAAUAGAAACUAAAGUAGUAGAGAGACUGUGUCAGGGAACACAAACACUCUCCAACAGACUCCUUUCCUCUCCAUGCUACACCCUAUAGAAGCACGAUAUGGCUACUGCUGGUAGUGUGCUGUCUGAGGAGCAGCUUCUUUGCCCCAUCUGUCUGGAUUUGUUAAACCAACCAGUCUCCACUCCUUGUGGGCACAACUUCUGCAGGGACUGCAUACAAGGAUACUGGCAGUGCGCUAAUCUGUCGCAGUGCCCCAUGUGCAAGCAGAAGUUCUACAGGAGGCCUGAGCUCAAAGUUAACACCUUCAUAUCUGAGGUGGCUUCUCAGUUCAAGAGGUCAUUGGAAAAGAAAGAUGAAAAUGAAGUCAGUUCUGUGGACCAAUGUUCAGGCCAUAAAGGAGAAGUCUCAUGUGAUGUGUGUGUUGGAAAAAGAGUCAAGGCUUUUAAAUCAUGCCUGGACUGUUUGGCCUCCUUCUGUGAGACUCACCUGGAGCCCCAUCAUGUUCUAGGCACCUUCAAAAAACACCACCUAAUGAACCCCAUGAUGAACAUGCGAGACAGAGUAUGUAAGAAGCACGAGAAACUCCUGGACCUGUUCUGUAACACUGACCAGACGUAUGUGUGCCAGAUCUGCAUUAAGAAAGACCACAAAGCUCAUCACACUGUACCUAUAGAGGAUGAGAGCAGAGACAGGAGAGCUCAAAUUGGAAGGAUAAAUGCAGAAGUGGAAGAAAUGAUCCACGGUCGACUGCAGAAAAUCAGUGAAAUCAAUCAAUCCGUUCAGCUCAGCAGAGGAAACACAGAAAGAGAGAUCGAUGAGAGUUUGCAAGUCUUCAACAAACUGCUCCACUUUGUCCAGAGAGGCAAAGCUGAGCUGGUGGAGGUGAUUGGUGCAAAGCAGAGGCAAGUUGAAAGCAGGGCCAGCGGACUCAUUAUGGAGCUGGAGCAGGAGAUCGAUGAGCUGAGGCAGAGAAACGCUGAGCUGGAGCAGCUCUCACACACGGAAGAUGAUUUCUACCUUCUCCAAAGCUUUCCAGCUUUCUCCAUACUGCCAGCCACCAAAGACUGGUCUGACACCUACGCAGAGAGUGCUGUAUAUGUGGGCACGGUGAGGAGAGCAGUCAGGAGAGUAGCAUGUCAGCUGGAGGAGACAGUAAAGGCUGAGGUGAAGAGGUUAUGUGAGACCGAAUGUCAGAGGGCUCAGCAGUGGGCUGUGGAUGUGACUAUGGACCCCGAUACAGCUCAUCCCAAACUGGUGCUGUCUGAAAACAAGAAACAGGUCUAUCAUGGUGAGGCAGCGCUGAGCCUCCCAGACAACCCAGAGAGAUUUUAUCCUGGUGUCAGCGUUUUGGGAAAGGAGGGUUUCUCCUCGGGUAGGUUCUACUAUGAGGUCCAGGUGAAAGGGAAGACAGAGUGGGAUAUUGGAGUUGGGCUUGAAUCCGUCAACAGAAAAGGAGAAAAUAUACUAAACCCUGAAAGUGGUUACUGGACCCUGGGGAUGAGAAAGGAUAAAAACUACUGGGCCCUCAGCAACACUCCUAUCUGUGUGCCGCUGGUCGAGAAGCCCCAGAGAGUCGGGGUGUAUGUGGAUCUGGAGUGGGGGCAGGUUUCUUUUUACAACAUGGACUCUGCUUCUCAUAUCUACUCAUUCACUGGAUACUCAUUCAAUGAAAGACUUUUUCCCUACUUUAACCCCCGGCGUAAUCAUGGCGGGGUCAACUCUGCUCCUAUUAUCAUCUCGCCUGUCAAUGUCUAAAAUCUGACAAAAUUUCAUCUCUUCCUGCUUCUUGUAUUAUUCAAUCAUUUUUUAUCAUAAUUUUCAGAUUAAAGUUAGCAAUAGUUAGCGUGAUGUUUGUGGCUCUGUUUUCCUUAAUAAAGUUUGUAUACUCAUCUGAA